AUGAGCGCCGCUGGGUCUGCCGGGGGAUCGGCUGCGUCAUCGCCUCCGCCUUCCGGGUCGUCCUCCCCUCAGCGGGGUGCGUCAGGCUCUGACUCCGAGGAGGGCGCCCUGGUGGGCGCGCCUGCAGCGGCGGCGUCGCUGGUCUCGGAGGCCCCGUCGGCGGCUGUGGACAACUCCUCGGAGGCUGCCGGUGCCUCCGGCGAGGAUGCGGAUGGCGGUGACCUCGCCAACGCCAUCGUCGCGACCUCUGCGGAGGCGGCGGCCAGCGGGUUGGUGCUGGCCGGUCAGGUGGCGGAGGCGGCCAGCCCUCGGGUCUCGCAGGGCGCUGCAGCGUUGACGCAUCCGGGGUCCGAUGCUGGUGAGUCCGGUGAGGCUGCGCUCGCCUCCGACGUGGCCGCGGCUCAAGCCGGUCUUCGGGCGGCGCAGGAGCGCCUCCGGCAGGCACAGCGCCAGGCUGGGCCUGCCACUCCGGUCGGAUCGUCGGUUGCCAGCGUGCCCGCGGCUGGCGUAGCCGGUGCCUCCGAGGCUCGUCGUACCGGUGCCUCCGAGCUUCGUCGUUCUACACGGGCCGCGUCGCCCGCCGGGGGACUGGACGCCCCUUCGCCGGUCGCCGGAGCACCUGCGGUCCGGCGACCGCCCACAAUUGAGGGCUUCGCCGCCCAGCAAGCGGUGGAGGCCGCGAAAGCGGCGCGGAAGGCGGCUGCCGCCGACCUAGACAUACAGCGCCGUCUCGAAGAGGCCGUGUCAGCUCGGGCGGCCGAAGUGCAGCAGGAUGUCGUCGCGGAGAAGCGCAAGGCUCUCGCGGCGCGGAGGGAGAACGCUGAAUUGGUGCGCGCCCAGCGCGAGGCUUGUGAGUGCAGGGUGGCGGAGCUCCGCCGAGAGCAGCAGGUGCUCGAGAUUCUGGAGGCGCAAGGGCGGCAGCUCGUAGACGAUGCUAACAUCGUUCGGGGUGAGCGUGAGAGGAUCUUCCGGCGUGCAGAGGAGAGGGUUCGCCAGCGUCGCGCGGAGAGGGAGGCGGCCGAGCGCCGGGUCUGGGAGGUCCGCGGCGAGGGCCACGCGACUGCUGUGCGGGCUGAGUCCGUCCUCCGCGACGAGGGGCGUUCGAUGCGGCCGGUGUCGCGACGCUGGCGAACCCUCUCCUCUGCACGCCGGAAGAUCCUCUCACGCUCACCCCGAACGAUGUUAGCAUCGUCUACGAGCUGCCGCCCUUGCGCCUCCAGAAUCUCGAGCGCCUGCUGCUCACGGCGGAGCUCCGCCACCCUGCACUCACAAGCCUCGCGCUGCGCGACCAAUUCAGCGUUAAACAUGUAG